AUGGAUAAACGCAACUCUCAUCCCAUCCACGAUUCAAAUCCAACUGCCACUAAGAAGCUGAAAAAACAGCAGAACGAUGAGGUCGGAUCGUUCCUACAAGAUUAUGAAACUUUUAUGAAUAGUCGUGAGCAAGAACGUCAAAAAGAUAAACUAGAAGAUGAACAACAAAUGAUUCAAUUUGCUGGAUUGCCCAAAACGGAAUUGAUCGGUUUAUUCUUUGAUGAAAAAUUAAAAUACCAACGGCCUCCAUAUCCAGUGGAUCCCGUAUUUGGAUCCAUGAGCUCGCACACCACCAAGCCCUCACAUAAAAAACGAGAUAAAUUUCAAAAAACAAUAUUCGGAUAUUGUAGAGAAUGUAAUGAAAAGGUGAAUGGUGGUCUGCAAGCCAUGAAAGAGCACAUUCUAUCGUGUCCAAAAUUGAAUACCUUCAAAGAGGGUGAAGCUUGCAAAGAUAUUGUGAUGAGAUUUAAGGUGUAUCCAGAAUAUGGCGACAUGUGGAACAAGUAUUGGUUAUUUAUCGAGGUUCCAUUCACAUCCAACUUGAGAGAAUUGGAUGACGUUAUUCGUAACUAUUGGGUUGAGUGUUGUGGACACUUGUCCAAGUUUGACGUGGAUACAUUAACUUAUAACAGUUAUGAGAGUGAUAACGAGUUUAUGGACGAGAUUGAUAACAAAACAAUGGACAUUCCCAUGUAUAGAGUGUUCAAGCCUUCAGAUGUUGGGAAAACAUUUUGUUACACCUAUGAUUUCGGAAGCUCUACAUAUUUGGAACUCGAAUUAAUAUCCAUUGUUAAAUGCAACGAGGAAUGUGAGGAAGCAAGAGUUCUAGCAAGAAAUAAUCCACUAACCUUCAAAUGUUGCAAGUGCAAGAAUGAGGCAGAGUAUGUUCAAGUAGAAGAAUCAGUUUUGUAUUGUAAAAAGCAUGCCAAGGAUGAGGACGAAGACAUGCUCUUACCUGUUGUUAAUUCGCCACGUAUGGGUGUUUGUGGCUACACAAACGACAUGGAUACCUAUGCUCCUCCCUCUGAAGAAACAAAGAAGAAGAAGACUAAGCAUCAAUAG